AUUACUCCUGUCUUUAGUCUUUGGAACAUACAUAGAACCAGAUGGACUGGACACGCUUUUUCAAGCCCCAAACUCCCCAAACUCCACAGAAAACGAGUGCAAUACCCACGUUGGAUCAAGUAAUGAGCGGCACCAAGGGCGCAACGGAUGCCUUUUAUGGUGUCAGCAAUUCGUUUAGGAAGUUGGGAACUUCGAGUAUUCCGGGCAUGGCUGUUGGAUAUGGAAUUGGCUUUAGUCAUGGCUUUGGACUUGGCCUAUCAAUGAGAUCAGGGGUGAAUCAACUUCAGUCUAGUCUAGCAGAACCAAUGACAAAGAUGAUUGGGCUUAUUCCCGGUUUACCCUUUGGUCAGGGUGCAUUGCCAAUGCCAACAUCCUCAAAGAGUAGGCAAAUUUCUGCUGAAAGCAUAAUGCAACGGGCAACUAAAUCAUUUGACCAAAUUUCUCAAGAAAGCAUGAUGCAGUUGGCAAGUAAAUCUGCCAGCCAAAUAUCUCAAGGUCUUGUAGGGUCUCAACCUACAAAGAUUGAUUCGGCCUUUGACAAUAAAGUAUUAAAAAGGGCUGCAGUUGACUCUGCAUCUCACACCCAAACAGAGAAGGUUAUGAAACAGCAACAAAUCAUUGAUGAACUUGUGGAGGAAAAUGAGAAGCUUCGGCAGAUACUGCAAGCGAACAACCUGAAAAUACCAUAAGCUUCAAGCAAGCUCUCCAGGUACGUUGCCAAUUUCAAGAGAAGAAAAUGACUAAAAAGUAGAGCUAAAAGAAAAAGAAAAAACCCUACAUCAAGACGUGAUUUUUUUUUUACAGCAAGAUAUGGAAUUUCUAUGCCUAAGUGUUACUUUGACAACUAUUUUUUUUUUAAUACUGUAACCGCUACGUUUCUUAAAUGUGAGUAAUCAAUAUGGAAUAUCCCAUCAAUAUUAAUUGCUUUUAUAUCGUUUUGUUUA